AUGACCGAGACCUCGUCCGCAAAGCCAGAGUACCUCGCACAACCCCCCGGGCCGUGCUGCUGGGCCGGCACCUUGCACCAAGGCAGCCCGCGCGGCGACGUCGAGGACAUCCUCGGCGCGCCGACCUACAUCGUGCGCCCCUCGGACGUCAAGGGGUCGCCCCGCGCCAACGGCCACGUCGUGCUCUACUUCCCCGACGUCUGGGGCCUCUCGGUCAACGCGCGGUGCCUCAUGGACGGCCUCGCCUCGGCCGGCUACACGGCGCUCGGCAUCGACUACUUCCGCGGCGACCCCAUCUCCAAGUACCGCGCCUCCAAGGACGACCCGCUGCCGCCGGGCUUCGACCUCGGCGCCUGGCGCGCCAAGCACCUGGCCUUCGCGACCGAGACGGUGCCCCGGUGGGCCGCCGCCGUGAGGGAGAGGUUCGCCGCCGAGCUGCGCGCCGAGACGGGGACCGAGACCCGCUUCGCCUGCGUCGGGUACUGCUUCGGCGCGCCGUUCGUGUGCGACCUGCUCGCCGGCGACGACGUCGUGUCGGCGGGGGCGUUUGCCCACCCGACGGCGCUGAAGGAGGAGCAUUUCACGGGGCUAAAGAAGCCCUUAUUACUCUCGUGCGCCGAGAACGACCAUGCGUUCCCCCCCGAGUCGCGGAGGAAGGCAGUCGAUGUCCUGCAGAGAGAAGGCAAGGUUUAUCACCUGCAGCUCUUCCAGGGCGUCGGCCACGGCUUCGCGGUCAAGGGAGACCCGUCGGACCCGUAUCAACGAUGGUGCAAGGAGCAAAGUCUUCGCGCAGUAGUUGACUGGUUUGACAUGUGGCUGGUCCGUAGUUCAUCGUGA